ACUUGUGUUUGUGGUGCUCACACACACACGCAGCACAUGUGUGGCUGCCAGGCUUCCUCUGCUUCGAUCUACAAUGGUUUUAGCCUAAAGGAGAUAUAUCUAUCAAGAGCCGCCAUCGCCUCUGACGCCUGGCCUCAGUGAUGUCUUGUUUUCUUGGACUAAACCGCACAGUUCCAGUUUUCUGCACAUUACAGUUGGUUGUUUGCUGAUGACUGUCAGACCGGUUUAUGUGGAGGGAAUGAGUACAUUCUAAGUUACAGAUUGAGUGACAAAAACAAGGAAGAAAGAGAAAGCAAAACAGAAAAGAUGGGACAGAGGGAGACAUGAAAUAGCUGAUGCUUAGAUAAAGAGAGUUUGGGGUAGAGAUUACAGUUGGAUGAAGAGAUUUGUUUGAAACUAAAGAAAAAGAGGAAAAGAAAGAGGAGAGAGAGAGAGGGCAGUGGGAGGGAGGAGAGACCGAGGAUCCAGCCCUCUGGGACAGCAGUGCAUGUUUUGGGGGUGGACAGAGUGGCUUUGUAUGCAGAACAUCACCGGACACCAACGGGAGGGACGCUGUCAGUUGUUCUCUGUGUGUGUCUAUAGUGAAACCAGACCUACCUCUGAUCCCUGCGCCACACACACUCUUCCAUCUGCUGCCCCGGAGCCUGCCUUCUGCUCUCCCUGGACUCAACCCCUCUGAGAGUGUUAGAAUGUGUGUGAGAGUCUUGGAGAGCUGUUUCCCGGCGGUCAGGAGGCUGUGAUGUGGAACUUGUGGGAUUAAAACUUUCUGGAAGCUCGGCAGUGACAGCGAUGGAUUGGAGCCUGGAGACGGGAAGUUCCGACUCUUGAUUGACAGAGGAGGAUUUGCAAGCAUCACUAAAACCACUCUUUUGCUUGGUUUUAUCUUCUGUAUUUCUGCAUCUGGACAUUGUCCACAAGCUUGCGGAGAGUGUGUGAGCAGCCCAUGUGGGCGGUGAGGGAUGCAGAGCUGAGAAAACUCCACGCCCUGAUGCCCGCUGCUAUGCUCCCGUGCCCUGCUCCGGUCGGCUCUGACUGGAGCUUCCAGAACCCGGUGGGGGUGGACUGCAGCUCCCCGGAGCCUCGCUGCAUUUGGCUGGCAGUGCUCCGCAGUGCCACAGGUUCAGUGCCGCCGCCUGCCAUGCCCAUUAGGCACAGCCAGAGCUCUCACCAGCCCAGGGGUAAGGGGCGCAGGGAUGGUCUCCCCUCAACCGGUGACAACCCUCGGCCGCCGAUGGCGACCCGACCGGGAAGGGAGGGGGGCGGCGUGUUCUGGAAGGGUCCCCGGACGCUGGUCCUCCAUAAGAACUCCCAGGGUUUUGGUUUCACGCUACGCCAUUUCAUCGUUUACCCUCCAGAGUCCGCCCUGCACACCAACCUCAAGGAUGAGGAGAACGGUAACGGAAAGGGGUAUCAGAAAGGUCGACUGGAGCCGAUGGACACCAUAUUUGUGAAGAGUGUGAGAGAAAAGGGUCCGGCCCACCAGGCAGGCUUGUGCACAGGGGAUCGGCUUGUGAAAGUGAAUGGAGAGAGUGUUCUAGGAAAGACGUAUUCGCAGGUGAUAGCCCUCAUUCAGAACAGUGAAAGUGUGUUGGAGCUCUGCAUUAUGCCAAAAGAUGAAGACGUGCUUCAGUUGGUAAGUGCAUACUCCCAGGAUGCCUACCUGACAGGCAACGAACCCUACUCAGGGGGAGCUGAGUACCUCCCACCACCACCUCCCCUCUGUUACCCGCACACCAAGGCCACACCCCCUGCUGGAGCCCCUCCAUCUGGCUCCAUGUGCCAGAACCAGCUGGAUAACUGGAGUCGUUGGCCAGGCUCUUCCAGCCCCUCUUCACCCCUGGACAACCACUCCGCUGUGGGCAGCCCCGCCAGCUGGCAGGAAGGGCGAGCAGGAGAGCCAGGUGGUGUGGGUCACAGCAGCCCGGCCCACCGCACAGAGGAGAUCCAGUACGGUAUGACCAGCCAGCAGCCUCAGGGCCAGACAAGGGGGCGCUCCUACUCUUCCUCUUCCUCAUCAGGGGGCCCUUUGUCUAGCCCGCUGCAAGUCCACUACCCUAACCACCACGCUGCCAGCUCCUCUCAGUCCCAGACACGCAAGUCCAACUCAGCUUGGACCAGUCCCCCCCUGCCCCAGCCUAGCCAUGGCCGCACUGAGCGCUGCCAGCAGGCGCUCUCCGACUGGUACUACAACCAGCUGCCGGAGCGCCCAGCACGCAACAUGCAGACCCGCCACCGCAGCUACUCUCAGGACCGGCUCAGUGAUUCAAGGAGGCAGCAGCAGCGGACAGGUGGCUGGCCGCACAGCGCCUCCCAGGACACUCUGCUGUUACUACAGCAGUCAGGACCAGGUCCCCAAGGAGAGCCCUACUGUUCCUACGGAGACUGGGAGGGGGCCCCAAGUAGGGGGCACCCUGCCAACAACUAUACCCGGACACGCUCUGAAAACCUGCUGGCCCAGUAUGAUCGCCAUGGCCGCUCAUUAGAGAUGCUGGACCGAGCAGCAGCUGGAGUGGUCUCGCCUCGUUUUGAGAGGCUGUCAUUGCUCCAGCAGGCUCCCCAACCGCCCCCCAGGACUGACGCCUACUCGAGGAAGGGGAGCCAUUAUGGUGCAGCACAAGCUCCUCCAAUGUCCCGACACACACAUUCUAAACACCAUUCCCAGCCUCAGACCCAGCAAUCAGCCCCCCAGAAUAGGCGGCUUCCCCGUGGGCAGAGCAUGGAUGACCAGCCGGUGGGCUACCGCAGCUACAGCCCCUCUUUUAACCGCAAGACGGGCCGCAUCAUGCAGCAAGCCCACUCUUUCAGGGACCCUUCGUACUCUGGCCCUCACAUGAACUGGAACCCAAACACUAAAACCAGUCCGCCAGAGGGCACAACGGCACCCCUCACUGCCUCUGCCACAUCCCCCCUUGCCUCCACCACUCACGAAUCCCAGGACAGAGCAUACAGGCCAACAAACCACGAGAGGGAACGAGGGUCAGUGGAGGGGCAGGCAAAGGUGGUGGCACAGACCCAGGAGGUGGUGCUGAGGCAGAAACCUCCCACCGGGCGGAGGAAUGCCCACGGUAUGCGUCACCCUCAUUACGCGCUGCCCAUUGACGGGCUAGAACCCUCUUUGUUUUCUCCUGAUCCCCAGGACUCAGCUCCUACCCCUGGUUCCACGGGAGAUGUAGCCCCACGCAAACCAAACGGCAACCUUGCCCCCCUCCCCAUAGAGGAUGACUCCCUGGCCUCCAUCCCCUUCAUAGAUGAGCCCACCAGCCCCGGCGCUGAUUUGCGCGCGCGCCACGUGCCGGCGUCCUCCGUGGUGUCCAGCGGCAUGAAUUCGGCACCCGCCGUGGUCACCAGCCCCGCCUCCCCCACCUUCACCUUCCCCCUCACUAGGCUCUUCUCACACGACUGCAGCAGUAUUAAAUCCGGUCGCCGUUCCUCCUAUCUUCUAGCGAUCACCACCGAGCGCUCCAAGUCAUGCGACGAAGGUCUCAACACGUUCAGAGAGGAGGGCCGAGUCUUCUCGAGGCUACCAAAGAGAGUAAAGAGUUUCUUCACAGACGGGUCUCUGGAAAACCUUGGAACAGCAGAGGAGGUUCGAUCUAAACGCCACUCCACCUCAGAGCUCGGAAACAUCACUUACAGCGACGUACGGCGAGAAGGAUGGCUGCACUAUAAACAAAUCCUCACAGAGAAGGGCAAGAAGGUGGGCAGCGGCAUGCGUCCGUGGAAGCGAGUCUUUUCUGUGCUUCGCUCCCAUUCGCUGUUCCUCUAUAAGGACAAGAGGGAGGCGGUGCUCCGCGGGGCCACGAUCGGAUGUGCGGCAGAGGACGAGCAGCCAAUCAGCAUCCGGGGCUGCCUGGUGGACAUCGCGUACAGUGAGACCAAACGAAAGCACGCGCUGCGGCUAACCACCCAGGACUUCUGCGAGUACCUGCUGCAGGCGGAGGACCGGGAGGACAUGCUGGACUGGAUAAAGGUCAUCAGGGAGAACAGCAAGACGGACAGCGAGGAGCUGGGCUUCUCCAGACAGGCCCUCAUCAAUAAGAAGCUGAAUGAUUACAGGAAACAGAGUCCAACAGGCAGCAAGCCCGACUCCUCUCCCAGGAUGUCCCGCAUGAAGCCUCCCUUCAUGCUCGCCAAGACGGACAAUGCUGCGGGGGGGCCACGCUCCCCCAAAUCAGAUGGCAAAGAUGAGAGCAGCCCUCCAAAGUCUCCGUGGGGAAUCAACAUCAUGAAGAAGACAAAGAAGGCCGGGCCUAAAGCUUUCGGUGUGAGGUUGGAGGAUUGUCAGCCAGGAGUAAAUAACAAGUUCAUCCCGUUGAUCGUGGAGAUCUGCUGCGGUCUGGUAGAAGACAUGGGUCUGGAGUACACGGGAAUCUACAGAGUCCCCGGGAACAACGCCAUGGUGUCGAUGCUUCAGGACCAGCUCAACAAGGGCGUCGACAUCAACCCUGCAGAGGAGAAGUGGCAAGACCUCAAUGUUGUCAGCAGUUUACUUAAAUCCUUCUUCAGGAAACUUCCAGAGCCACUUUUCACCAACGACAAGUACAACGACUUCAUCGAUGCCAAUCGGAUGGAAAGUGCAUCAGACAGACUAAAAACCAUGAAGAAACUGAUCCGAGACCUCCCAGAUUAUUAUUACCACACACUGAAGUUCCUAGUUGUUCACUUGAAGACUGUGGCCGACAGCGCAGAUAAAAACAAAAUGGAGCCUCGUAACCUGGCUCUGGUGUUCGGGCCGACUCUGGUUCGAACGUCCGAGGACAACAUGAAAGAUAUGGUCACACACAUGCCGGACCGCUACAAGAUAGUUGAGACCCUCAUCCAACAUUGCAACUGGUUUUUCACUGAAGGGCAAGACAAGGAUGAAAAGACGCCGGUGGACACGGAGGACGUGCAGCCCGCCCCCAACAUCGACCACCUGCUGUCCAACAUCGGCAGGACCGCUUUGCUCGGGGAGGCGUCAGACUCAACCAACAGUGACUCAGCUAAAUCAAAGGGGUCGUGGGGAUCAAAGAGAGACCUCACACCCAAGGACUUCCUGACUCUGUCCAUCAUGUCAGCUGUUACGGGCCGCAAACGCAGGAAGCGCCAUAAAGGCCGCCGGGUGGGCAGCAGCACCGACGACGACUCAGAGCACGAGCCAAUUAAAGCUGGACAUUUAGGGGCAGAGGAGGAAGAGGAGGCAGAGUCGCCUGUAGGAGACACUGCUCCUCGAGCAGAGGGAGAGGACGACGAUGAAGAGGAAGAGGAGGAGGAAGAUGAGGAAGUUGUAGAAAGCGGAGCGAAAGAGGAGGUAGAUGUGGAGGUGUUGGCGGUUAUUCCCAGUAGGCCGCGCUGUAAAGAGGAAGAGGAGGCAGGAGGAAGGCAGGCAGCCAUGUUGUUGCAGGAGGAGGAGGCGCGCGCGGUGGUGAAGGGGCCGCCGUGGAGAGCUACAGAGGAUGCUCGCUCUAUUGUUUCUGGUUACUCCACCCUCUCCACAUUAGGGCGUAGCCUGGGGUCCGAGGGGAGGGUGGAUGAUGCUGACGACGAGCACAGCGAGCUGGUGAGCGAGACGGACAAUGAGAGCGGCUUCGCCUCACGCUCCCUCACCCAAGAGAGACCCGAUAAACACCCGACAGUACCUGUGAACACGCAACCGGCAGCGGCCCCACGAAGUUUCCUCUACACACACUACAAACCCCCCGUUCUCACACCCACGAACCUGCUCGCCCCGCCCACAGCGCUCACACCCACACCGGACGCUGCGGACAGGAGUGAAGGAGGGGCGCGGUCCACCACACCCUCGUCCUCCUCCUUCUCCUCCUCCUCCACCACUCACAAACUGCAUUCGCGGCCUUCCUUCAACUCGCACAAGCUGAUCCAGUGCGACACUCUGGCCAGGAAGAAGCUGAAGUCAGAGAAGGGCAAGGCUCGCUCCCUGGACCUGUUGGAGCUGUCUGGGCCCACGGCUGAGGCUGACAGGGCUGGUUCUGGGUCAGAUGGUGCACCCAGAGUGAGGAGGGACACCUCCAGAACCAACCCCUCCUCAUGCAGCAGCCAGGAGAGCCUGCGCCUGGCCCGGACCAAGCCCUCCCUGCCACCCAGUGAGGCCGCCUCCUUCACCCCAACCGGCCCCAGCGGCAGGUCUCUGGCAGAGCAGGUCCGCGCUCGUCUGAUGGGCUCGGCCGACGACCUGCGCAUUGUCGGACUGCGAAAGCCGCUGUCACCCGAAACACGGAGGAAGAGACGGGCCUGGCGCAGACACACCGUGGUGGCCUCUCCAACUGAGAUCUCUGAGAAGAGACCCCCACUGACUGUCAGUGAGUUCCCCCUGUCCGCUAACACUCAAAACCAAGUCAAAACACGAGGGCUGCCUCGGGACGCAGACGGUCUCGACCAAGGACCGGCUGCUCGUCAAGCACCCACCUCCAGAUUCCACCAAUACUUGUGAGCCCUGCCAGCUGACCCCACACUUCACUCCAAGGAAAUGAGGCUUCUGUAGGGGGGGGGGGGGGGGGGGGGGGGGGGGGGGGUCUAUGCUGAGCCGCUGACUCCCUGCAGGUCAGUAGACCGGCAGCAGUGUAAACAGGGUCGUGGUUAGUUGCCAGGUGCAACACAGCGUACCUAUCACCAGGUUUUUAAGAGCAGCCCACCCUUUUCUUUUCGAUGAGCUCCGUUUGCAUGGCAAGGAGCAUUCCAUUGUUGCCAAAGCGUUUUUUUUUUUCUUCCUCUAUGUGUGCUUUUAUAGACAUAAUACAGAAACAGGACAGAGACACAAACAGACCUCAUCGCAAUUUAACGUUACAGCCAAGAAUUCUCAUUUGAAUAAUAACAGAGCAUUGUUUUCCCAUCUUCUCUUCUUGAGAGAAUGAUGCUUCCUUAAUAAAGCAGGGUUUACCGGUAACUAUUACAAAAUUUCCCCGAACCUACUUCAGUGAGCCAGAAGAGACAGUCAGCCUCACACGCAGAAGUUAUUGGUCAGUUUAAAACCAUUUCAAGGGAUCAGUCUUCCUAAUGUGUUCCUCCCCAGACCACAGACACUGUAAUACUCUACACUAGACACAGUAGGUUACAGACACACAGAAUACGGUCGUCUCUCUACUUGUUCAUGUUUGUGUGUGUGUGUGUGUGUGUGUGUUUGCGCAACAAUAUUUGUGAUCAUGUCUGAGCGUGCAGGUGUUUGUGUUGAGCAACUUUUGUAACAUUUGUACAAAGCCUUGUUAAGUUAACCUUGUAAAUAUAAAUAUUAUGUUAUGAUAUUUGUUUUUACUUUUUUAGUUCCUUUUUUAUGGUUUACAAAAGUGCAUACAAGUGCACAGUUAUUUCUUUCAAGAUGUUACUUGAAAUGUUUCCCUUAAUAUAUUCUUUUUUGUUUUAUAUUCAAUAUAUAUAUUAUAUAUAUUUUGUAUUAAAGUAAAAAAAAGUACUUUUAUUGUGAUUUCACCUCUUGGGUGUACCUGUUCACAGGAGACAAGAUAAACAUGACUAAACCUGUUCCUUAUUUUCUCAUAGACGGCCUUUCUCUCUGAUUCUCAGCACUGUGCAGAAAACCUUUAACUCACGAGAUCUAAUCUUAGAAAUAAGUUUCGCUGGUGAUUAUUCUUCCAACAAUGUUGCAUCAACAUUUACACAAACCAUCUAGCAACUACAUGCACCAAGAGAAGAAAUCUGGUAAUUAUUAUUAUUAUUAUUAUUAUUAUAUUGGGCAGUUUGCAGGCAGCUCAGCGCCACACUGUGAUGGCUGACCUCAUUUGUUUUGUUAUUCACGUCUGGGAUUACUGACAUUGCCGCAGAUCUGCUCAUAUUUAGCAGAUUAAGACGAAGCAUGUUCCUUCUUGUAAAAGAGGAGCCUCGCAGUGUUUAACAGACUGUUACAAUAUUGUGUAGCGCAUACAAACAGAUCUUUGUGUUUUCAUCAGAUCCCCGCCGAGGGUUCAUCUGUCAGCACGUUUAUUACCUCGGGGUUACAUGAGGAGGAGUUUUCCAUAAGGUCAGGCUCUAAUAAAUCCUCCCUGACUGGGGAAAUGGUACAUUAGAGGAAACAAACACGGAGGAAAUCUAUUGUUUUCAUCUCUCGUUUUGAUUUCCCUUCACGAAAUAACACCGACAGGGGGUGCAACUUCCAAAGUCAUGAGACUUGUUUUCAUCUGACCAAAUAACCUGGUGAAAAAUAAUAAUAAUAAAUCAUAAGUUAUAUUAGUUAUAUAAGUUGUCGUACCUCAAGAUUUUUUUUCCUACAAGUGCCUGAUUUCUGGAAUGUGUUUUUGUUCUGCAGUACCACGGUCGGUUCUUUUCUUUCCGUUUCUUUAUGUUGUUUCUGGGUCUCCGCCCUCCUCGCCUGUGGUUGAUGGUAUAACUAAGGCACUGACCCAAAGAUGUGUACGUUUAAUACAAGCGUCUCUAACUGAGAGGCUGUUAUAAAAAAUAAAUAAAAAAAUA